UUGUUGAUAGUUUAAUUAUUAGUUGGUGCAGAGGUUGGAAGCAUAUGGUUGUUAUUUCAUUAUUUUUAUUUUGUUUGUUAAGUUUUAUUUUCAGUUCCUUACGAAACACCUGGCUAACACCACCAAUCACUAACAGCAAAGAUGGGCAGAACUUACUUUGUGGAAGACUCUGUUGAGCAGUACCUACAGAAUAUUCUUGACACGUCAGGGAAGGCCUGUGUCACUGGUCUUCUAAUUGGGCAGUGCUCCCCACAGAGAGAUUUUGUUUUGCUAGCUGUCCGUACCUCACCAAAGGAAACACAGAGUGAUGAAGUAGAUGAAGAAUGGGUUGUUGAACAUGCAACACAGGUGUCCCGAAUGUUGCCAGGAGGUUUAGCAGUCCUCGGUGUGUUUCUGCGUGCCGCCCCAGAACUGUCCAUUCAGGCCCAGAAUAUUCUGCGCAGGCUGGUUUUUGCCGUGGAGAAGUCAAUCACUAAGGCAAGACUGUGGAAGCUCGCUAAUGAUGAAGUUCAUGACAGAGUGGCACUUAAUAUCUGUUCAGAGACAAAAAAAGUACUGUGCCGAUCCUUUGAUGUCAAAGAUCCCAAGAGCUCCGCAAAACCUGCAGACUGGAAGUAUCAAACUGGCCUGUCAGCCUCAUGGCCGGUACUGGAGUGUAAUGUUGAAGUAGAUUUGCAGGUACCUGUGCCUGCAGACUUCGCCAACAGAGAACUAGACAAAUGUAUUGAGAAUGGACUUAAGGAGUGGGUCAGGCUAAUACAACAGUGUUCUUGUAUUCUCAAUGGCAAAGUGAUGGAUCUGGAUAAAGAUCUCCUGGAUGGGACAAAAAAGAAAGCAUCUUCGCAACAAUUUGUCCAACAGCCAUUUGUCGUUCAGCUUCUGAGGCCUUCGAAAUUUAAAACAGAUGAUCGGUCCACAGCUUUGGUGCAAAAAAGCAGUGGAACAGUUGUUCUGAAGGGUGUUGUACAUUGUAAGGCCUACAUUCACACCAACAAACCAAAGGUGAAAGAUGCUAUUCAGGCCUUGAAGAGGGAUGUGUUAAAUACUGUUGCAAUCCGAAGUCAGAUGCUUUUCGAGGACUUCUACCUUGACCCAGAGGGUUACACUGAAAAAGGUGCCAGGACAGAGGAAUACCCACUGCCCAAACGAGUGUUUGUUCCACUUGCAGGGACUGGGGUCAUGAUCUGUGACUACAUGUUUAAAGAUGAGGCUCCAAAAGACAUCCAGUUUAGAAUCAAGGAGUUGCUAGACUUGGAUGUGAAGGAGGAUCAGCUGGAUAUGUUGCUUGAAAUUGAUUCAGCAAUUAAACUUGCCCCCAAGACCUCACAUCCACAGAGCAAUAUUGUUGUGGCUGAACCUGAGACCUCGCAGCUACUGGAGAUGUUUCCUGAUGACUAUAACCCCAUGCAGUUGAAAGUUGGUGUGGUGAUAGCUGCUGGGGUGGUCCUCUUUGCCGUAGUCUUUUCAGUUAUUUUUUUUAGUGACUAAGCAAUAAAAUUCAAGGUAGUUUAAUAAGAGGGUAACAGUCUUUUUUCUAUUUUUUAAAAUAUACUAGAACAUAGAAAAAAGGGGUACCCUGUUACUGGGACACACUGUACAUUUACCAAAACUCCCAUGACAAACUACACAGGAUUCAGAGGAACCUGCUGACCAGUAUUUACAUGUAGAGGCAUUGAAACCAAUCUAAGAGAGACAAUGAAGCCUGAAUGCUGAAGAAGUGUGUUCCGUUUUCUUUCAGAUUAAAAUAUCUCUUUGUCAGGACUUGCUCUGUAGCAGGGGCGGGAGAGUUUUUUUUUUUUUUUUUUAAAGUCGGCAGCAUGAAACUGAUUUGAAAACUGUGUAGUGCUACUAUGAUGAAUGAGCAAAAUGUCAAUUCUUUGAAAGCAAUGUCUGAAAGAAAUUAGUUCUGGGUAAACUACUGUAAACUUUUAUGAAAAUGUUUGUGGUUUUGUGACCAGCUGUGGCCUUUUUCCAGAAAUGUUGUGUUUUAUGGGUGAUUCCAGUAGAGGAUGAAAGCAAACACACCUUAUCCCGUAUGUGAUUCAUAUACUACACACAAUGCCUUUUUAUUCGUUUACAGUUUUGGGGAUAAUAAAAAGAUAACAAGGUGUGUAUAAUAGCGCUGUAAUGUAACCAAAGGGAUCAUAGGGAAAGGGAAGGUUGAAUAAUUACAAGCUGUAUUUAUUUUAGAGGAUAAAACUGAAAUAGAAACCUCAAACGAAAUAUUUUGAUGCAUAUUUGAAAAUGCCUAAAAUGUGUUAUAUUCAAGGAUACUUAUUUUAUCCAAAAAACAUUUUCUUCUACAACACACAGCCUUCUUUAUGGUAAAUGAGAAAGCAUUAUAGCUGUUUUUAAUUUUUUUUUUUUUUUUUUAAACUGUACAGUACAGUAUGUGAUUCCAUGCAGUUUCAAUGCAAUUAUGCAUUAUUAUCAAUAGACACCAUGGAGAAGAAACCAUUUAGAGUUACGCAGUUAUUGCAAUGCUAUGACAUAGUAAUGUAUGUCCAUUAAUAUGAAGUGAUUUCAACAUAUUUACAGAAGUCACAGAAGUAUUUGUAUUGGUUCAAAUUUAUUCAUUAAUAAACCUUUAACAAAUUCCUUUGACUGCUCAGAUCCCUCAAAAACAGGAGGACUCUAAUAAGUAAACAAGUUAAUUUCAUAGUGUAAUAGACACACUUGUUCUAUUGUAAAAUUAUUUAAACUGAAAACUGAUUAUGUUUGUGAACCCUGUGUUUUGUAAUUUUCAAACCACAGAGUAUUUAUUGCAGUGUUUUGUAGGUCAGAUUGACACAGUGUGCAGGACCUAACACUGUAGGUAAUUAGGUAAUUAUAUAUUCUCAUGCCAAACAUCGCACGCUCUGUAUUCAUUGAAAUAUGUACUGUGUAUGUUUGUGUGCCCCCCCCCCCCCCAAAUGUUAUAUGUUAUAUUUCAUGUUCAGCAUGUUUGCAAGUCUAAAGAAAAAUCCAAAUGUCUUAAUAAAUAAUUACCAUUCUUUAACAAUA